AUGGGAUGUUCUUUUGAAGUAAAACGAAGUACAUUUGAACAAGCACUCUUUGGUAUACAAAAUGUUGCGCAAAAGCGAACAGCCACUCCAAUUUUAGCGAAUGUUCGUAUAGAUGCUAGUAAUAACGAACUUCAUCUUUUCGCGACAGAUUAUGAUAUUGGACUACAGCAGCGUCUAGAAGCUACAGUUGACCAAGUUGGUAGUGCUGCUUUACCCGCAAGAGUUCUAUACGAUAUUGUCAAAAAGAGUAAAGGUGACUCUAUUCGUAUUGAAAUUGACGAUAAUCAUCAAGGUGUUGUCAAAACUGGUGUUAGAGCUCGUUAUAAACUAGUUGGGAUGAAUCCUGUCGAUUUUCCAGAACCAUCCCGAAUACAACCUGAAACUUCGUUAAAGCUAGAUCGCGAUAUGUUUCGUCUUUGGAUUAAGAAGACACUUUUUGCUGCUAGUAGUGAUGAAAGUCGCGUUUCUUUAGCUGGUGUUUUUCUUGAAGCUUACGAUGGUAAUAACCUACGUUUUGUUGCGACAGAUACACAUCGUUUAGGUCUUGUGGAAGUUCAAGGUAUCGAAGGGUGUAGUAUUGUUCCAGAAGAUGGCAUUAUUUUUCCUCGCAAAGCUUUACAAGAGCUCCAACGUAUAUGUGAUGGUGAGGGAGAGGUCCAAGUUACAAUCGAUACACCAAGUGUUCAAGUCGAGUGGGAUGAUACAGUUUUCGUCUUUAGAACCGUUGAUGGUCGCUUCCCUAACUACCGUACAGUUAUUCCUGAAUCAACUAGCCGUGUCGUUGUUAUUGAUCGUCAAGAAUUUAUGCAAGCUAUUGAUCGUGUUAGUCUUGUUGUUACAGAUCGAUUUAAAUGUGUAACCCUAGCAUUUGAGAAUAAUAUCUUGACAAUUAUGGCUAAUAAUCCAGAUAUGGGAGAAGGUGAAGAGCAGAUUGACUGUACCUAUGAUGGAGAUCGUUUAGAAAUUGGUUUCAACGCACAAUAUAUUCAAGAGAGUCUCUCGGAAAUUACAACGGAUAAAAUUGAACUUCGUUUAAUAGAUGAUGUUUCGCCAACACUUAUUUAUGGUGAAAAUGAUGAAAGUUAUUUAAACGUCAUUAUGCCAAUGCGUAUUUAA